UUCAGAAGUGUGGCAGCAUCAUGUUGUGGGGGUGCUUUGCUGCAGGAGGGACUGGUGCACUUCACAAAAUAGAAGGCAUCAUGAGGAAGGAAAAUUAUGUGGAUAUAUUGAAGCAACAUCUGAAGACAUCAGCCAGGAAGUUAAAGCGUGGUUGCAAAUGGGUCAUCCAAAUGGACUAUGACCCCAAACAUAACUCCAAAGUUGUGGCAAAAUGGCUUAAGGACAGCAAAGUCAAGGUAUUGGAGUGGCCAUCACAAAGCCCUGACCUCAGUCCGCUAGAAAAUUUGUGGGCGGAACUGAAAAAGCGUGUGUGAGCAAGGAGGCCUACAAUCCUGACUCAGUUACAACAGUUCUGUCUGGAGGAAUGGGUAAAAAUUCCAGCAACUUAUUGUGAGAAGCUUGUGGAAGGCUACCCAAAAUAUUUGACCCAAGUUAAACAAUUUAAAGGAAAUGCUACUAAAUACUAACAAAGUGUACGUAAACUUCUAACCACUGAGAAUGUGAUGAAAGGAAUAAAAGCUGAAAUAAAUAAUUCUCUCUACUAUUAUUCCGACAUUUCACAUUCUUAAAAUAAAGUAGUGAUCCUAACUGACCUAAGACAGGCAAUGUUUUCUACAAUUAAAUGUCAGGAAUUGUGAAAAACUUAGUUUAAAUGUAUUUGGCUAAGGUGUAUGUAAACUUCUGACUUCAACUCUACUCUUACCAGUUCACAUGCUUCGAAGUCAAAGACGUUUGUUGCAAUGUUAAUAAAAUAUGCAAAAAAAAAAACAAAAGUUAUUAGAAUCGUAUUUUCCAAUGCAGUAGGGUGGCUGAUCAGAGUGAUGCAUAACUGACCACAUGCAACCAUUGCAACUCUAGUGUGGUGAAUAUUUAGACAUAUCCCUUUGCAUAUAACUGGGCAGGCAAGGCAGCUGUCUUAGUGAGCCGUGGCAUCUGUGUGGGUUCAGAUUUGCAUUAGGGGCAGACAUGGAGAAUGUGGUCACCAGGUCAAGGAUUUGGCUACCUUGCACGAAGCUGCAUGGAGAUUAAUCGGCUGGACGUAUGGUACUGUGACGCACGGAUCCCAAGAACUGCUACAUGUACUGUUCAAGGCAUAUUUGACGUCUGCAGCUGUAGAUACCAAGGCCCCUAAAAGUAUUUGGACACUUAAAGGUGUUUAGUCUUGAAUUCUAAUGAAGUCAAAGUUGCCCUGAAAUUCAGAGAAGUGCUGUUUCAUCAUCUUGAGAAUUUUGUUACAUCAUAGUUUCAGAGGUGGGCUCUCUGCUACCUGGUUAUCCUGGUGACGUGUUGCUAUGCCAUUCCCUUUCGGUAAGUCUCACAAGUGUCCGGCGGACAUUGUGAAGAACCUGAAGGACAACAUGACCCUUUUGGAGAAACAGGACAUCUCGGAUAGGAAGGCUGAGAAGGCCUCUGAGGAGGUGUCCAAAGCUCUGCUGGCGAUGAAGGAGAUUCUCUACGGCACUAAUGAGAAGGAGCCACAGACAGAAGCCGUGGCUCAGCUUGCUCAAGAGCUUUACAACAGCGGUCUGCUCAGCACACUCAUCACAGACCUGCAACUCAUUGACUUUGAGGGCAAGAAAGAUGUGGCGCAAAUCUUUAACAAUAUUCUGAGACGUCAGAUCGGCACACGGACACCCACUGUGGAAUACCUGUGUACUCAACAGAACAUACUGUUCAUGCUGCUUAAAGGAUACGAGUCUUCCGAUAUCGCUCUGAACUGUGGGAUAAUGCUGAGGGAAUGCAUACGGCACGAGCCGCUGGCCAAGAUCACCCUCUGCUCCGAGCAGUUCUACGAUUUCUUCAGAUACGUUGAGAUGUCCACCUUCGACAUCGCCUCAGAUGCAUUCGCUACUUUUAAAGAUUUGUUGACGAGACACAAAAUGCUCAGCGCCGAGUUUCUGGAACAGCACUAUGAUAGAUUCUUUAGUGAAUAUGAGAAACUUCUUCACUCAGAAAACUACGUCACCAAGAGGCAGUCACUGAAGCUUUUGGGAGAGCUACUUUUGGACAGGCACAACUUCACUAUAAUGACGAAGUAUAUAAGCAAACCAGAAAACCUCAAACUCAUGAUGAAUCUACUGAGAGACAAGAGCCGCAACAUUCAGUUUGAGGCCUUCCAUGUCUUUAAGGUGUUUGUGGCCAAUCCGAACAAGACUCAGCCCAUCCUUGACAUCUUGCUGAAGAACCAGAUCAAACUAAUCGAGUUCCUAAGCAAGUUCCAGAACGACCGCACUGAGGAUGAGCAAUUCAGCGACGAGAAGACCUAUCUAAUUAAACAAAUCCGUGACCUCAAGAGGCCGACACCACAGGACGCCUGAAAAUGAUAAAGAAAGUAAAAUAAAUGCAAAGGGAAUGUCUAGACAAUGUUUAGGCAACGUCUGGACAACGUUUUGGCCCUCUGGAACGUUAAGCAGCUGCAGCAACGGGCAUGUUUGAACAGAUUUGUGUUUUGCAGGAAACGCUAAAUGCCGUUUGAGCUUAGUGGAUGAGAAAAUAUGAUGAAGAUUAUUAUCAAAUUAUAAAAUUUACUUUGAAAGAUACUUGAAAAUUAGAGUAAAUGUGUUGACUCUGUGGGUUUGUUGAUGGUUAGUGUUGCAGCUAUGCUGUCACAGCUGUUGACCCUGAUUUGACCCCGACUUUAUUUUGGGUGUUAUAGAAACUACCGGUAAUCUAAAAUCUUUCUGUGGUUAUGACGUCAAAUUUUGUACCCUGCUGUAGCUCUCUGUAGAACUAACACAACAGCCUAGUAUAACCAGUAGACCUAUUUUGGCUGUAUGUUUGGACAAUUAAUUCAACCCUUUUUGACAAGUUGAGGUCUAUAUAUAGGCAAAUGUAUUGAAAAUGUGUACAGGUUGCAUUUCAGCCUCAAAUAAAAAGGAAAAAUUUUUUUUAUUAUUUUUGCAUUAGAAAAAUAAAGCUUAUUUUGGGACCACCAGGAUUUUUCUUUCUUUUUCUUUUUUUUUUUUUUGUGCGCGGUGAGAUGUUAUUUUCAUGGCAAUUAAGCACAUUUCCCCAUUAUUUCCCCUCAUCAUGAAAUGCAUCCAAAUGUUUGACUUGAGUUGUUUGUAAUUUCCCUUUAUUCUCAUAAUUUUCAUUACUAUAAUACAGUAUUUUUUUUUCCGCUAAUACUUUAAAAAAAAUACUGUAAUACAUUAAAUUAUUGUAGUGAAAUUAAAGGUUGUAAUACAAAUACUAACAUGAGAUAUGAAUGAUUUAUAUACAAUAUAUUGUUUACAAUUAAAAUAAAAUAUUAUUCUUAUUUGCAUUUUAGUAAUUUAUGAAUAUUAUGCCUCUUGGAUAAAUUAAUUGGAUGGGGGAAAUGUGCUUAAGUGUCAUGAGAAUAAUGUCAGACUGCAAAAAGUUUUAAUGGUCCUAGAUAGGCUUGUGUGUGUGUGUAUGUGUAUAUAUAUAUAUAUAUAUAUAUAUAUAUAUAUAUUAUAAUGUAUACACACACACACACACAUUUAUAUACAGUUGAAAUCAGAAGUUUACAUACAGUUUUUCACAAUUCCUGACAUUUAAUCGUAGAAAACAUUCCCUGUCUUAGGUCAGUUAGGAUCACUACUUUAUUUUAAGAAUGUGAAAUGUCGGAAUAAUAGUAAAGAGAAUGAUUUAUUUCAGCUUUUAUUCCUUUCAUCACAUUCUCAGUGGGUCAGAAGUUUACAUACACUUUGUUAGUAUUUGGUAGCAUUGCCUUUAAAUUGUUUAACUUGGGUCAAACGUUUUGGGUAGCCUUCCACAACUUCUUACAAUAAGUUGCUGGAAUUUUGGCCCAUUACUCCAGACAGAACUGGUGUAACUGAGUUAGGUUUGUAGGCUCGCAUACGCUUUUUCAGUUCUGCCCACAAAUUUUCUAUCGGAUUGAGGUCAGGGCUUUGUGAUGGCCACUACAAUACCUUGGCUUUGUUGUCCACAACUUUGGAGGUAUGCUUGGGGUCAUUGUCCAUUUAGAAGACCCAUUUGUGAACGAGCUUUAACUUCCUGGCUGAUGUCUUGAGAUGAUGCUUCAAUAUAGCCACAUAAUUUUCCUUCCUCGUGAUGCUAUCUAUUUUGUGAAGUGCACCAGUCGUUCCUGCAGAAAACCACCUCCACAACAUGAUGCUGCCACCCCCAUGCUUCACGGUUGGGAUGCAAACCUCACCCUUUUUCCUCCAAACAUAAUGAUGGUCCUUAUGGCCAAAUAGUUCAAUUUUUAUUUCAUCAGACCAGAGGAUAUUUCUCCAAAAAGUAAGAUCUGCACUUGCAAACUGUAUUCUGGCUUUUUUAUGGCAGUUUUGGAGCAGUGGCUUCUUCCUUGCUGAGCAGCCUUUCGGGUUAUGUCGAUAUAGGACUGGUUUUACUGUAGAUAUAGAUACUUGUCUACCCAUUUCCUCCAGCAUCUUCACAAGGUCCUUUGCUGUUGUUUUGGGAUUGAUUUUCACUUCGCAUCAAAAUAUGUUCAUCUGUAGGAGACAGAAUGUGUCUCAUUCCUGAGCGGAAUGAUGGCUGCGUGGUCCUAUAGUGUUUAUACUUGCAUGCCAUUGUUUGUACAGAUGAUUGUGGUACCUUCAGAUGUUUGGAAAUUGCUCUUAAGGAUGAACCAGCCUUGUGGAGGUCCACAAUUUUUUUUCUGAGGUUUUGGCUGAUUUCUUUUGAUUUUUCCAUUAUGUCAAGCUAAGAGGCACUGAGUUUGAAGAUAGGCCUUAAAAUACUUCCACAGGGUUACCUCCAGUUGAUGCAAAUUAGCCAAUCAGAAGCUAAAUGGCUAAUUGCCUAAAGCCAUGACAUAAUUUUCUGGAAUUUUCCAAGCUGCUUAAAGGCACAGUUAACUUAGUGUAUGUAAACUUCUGACCCACUAGAAUUGCGAUAUAGUCACAAUUGUUGGAAAAAUUACUUGUGUCAUGCACAAAGUAGAUGUCCUAAAUGACUUAAUUAAAAGACGAUUAAAUCUGUGGAGUGAUUAAAAAAUGAGUUUUAAUGACUUCAACCUAAGUGAUGUAAACUUCUGACAUCAAUAUAUAAACAAUAGGUAUUUGUUUAGUUUUGUUUAAUUAUGUAUUGGGUUUUUUUUUGUUGUUUUGUUUUGUUGUUUUUUUGCCAAUGAUUGGAUGUAGCUGAGCAGCUCAAACCCAUUUUAAUGCCUACUGGUGGUGACUGGGGGUAGUGGCAGAUUGAGCAGCCACACCCUCUGUAAAUGUUUUAUUUAUGCUUCUUUUAAGAACUCUGUAUCGUAAUAAGUGUUAUAACCUUGUAUGCAGUACGGGGGUUUAAAUGGUUGUCAUUCAAUACAUGGUCAACUUCUGCAGAACGGCUGAAAGGAAAUGUUCACCCAAAAAUGAAAAGGUGUCAUUAUUUCCAAAUGUGUGAUUUACAUUGAAACACAAAAGGGUUUGGGCAGAAUUACAGACUUAGUCACCAAUCCCAUUCAUUGUAUUUAAAAAGAUUCUAUGAAAAUCAGUGGUGGCUGAGGCUGUCGAUCUGCCUUCAUCUUCUUUUGUGUUCCACAGUCAUGUGGGUUUGGAACAACAUUGGGUUGAGCAAAUAAUGACGGUUUUCAUUUUUGUGUGAACUAUCCCUUUAAAUACCACACAAAACUGAGACGGAUGUGUAGAGAGGUUUGGGUUAAUAAUUUUCAAGUAGUUAGCAUUGCUGCUUUUUCUUGCUUUACUGUCGUCAUGGCUUGCCAAACACUUCAUACGUUACCAUCUGGGGAUGCAACUGUUAUUAAUAAUAGAGACUUUUCUUCAUUUUCAUGCAGAACUUUGCCUGAAUUCCCAUAAAACAUGUUCUGCAGAAAGUUUACAGUACUCAGAGUAACAGGGAUUGACAUAUAUAUUACAGUAUUUUAAUUUAGUGAAGAAUGGGAUAAAAACAAAAGUAGCUUAAAGAUGUCAAUUUUUCUUAUCUCUGCAUAUCUGGUUUAUUUGGUGGCUAGCAACACACCAUAAUAAGUGGUUUAGUCUACAUCUAUGAUUUAGGCCAGACCAGACUCUUUCAUUGGUCAGCACAUGUAACAACAGCCAAUCACGGUCGAUUUUGAAUGCCUGACAUCAUAGUGGCCCAGAGCAUUAAGAAUUCUGAGAAUUAGAAAUGUUCUCUUGCAUAUAAGUGCAUGUUUCUAUUUUACAAAGUUAUUAGAGUAAGCAUGGAUGUCUAAUAGACAGACUUGGGACCUCUUGGCCCCGUUUCUGUUCAAUUCAACAGUCCAAUUUAACCAAUGUAGAUCUUACCCAAGUAAUAAGACUUGGGGUUUUGGUGCAGAAAUGGUGGGAAUUUCAUCUGAAAUGUCAAUUAGUAGCCAGACUAACCACUGGAAAUAAAGUUUGGAAUAAUAAGAA